CCCCGCCCAACACUAAUCUGUCGUCUCGUUUGUCGUACGGAGCGGAUCCGCCGUCUGGCGUUAUCAGCCGGCGACACAAUCACGGCUGCGAGCAUGCAAUUUUGGGGUUAUACCAUCCACUCCGUUUAGGCAAAUUACCCCACAAAAAGUAUAAAUUCACGACGCCAGACACACAUCCAAGCGGUAUCCGGUUCAAAUUCCCUGUCGAUGAUGCCGUACAUGCCGAUGGAGUCGGCCAAAAACACACCCAUCGUUACUUUCCUGGCAAGGCCGGAGGUGCAGUACUUCAUCAGGGUUUCGGUUUUCUCCCUGGCUACUUACCUCUCGGUCAAAUGGUUCCUGAAGCAGAUGGACCCGACCAACAAGCAGAAAAAAACAGCAGUCAAAAAGGCGCAAGAGAUGCUUGCAAAAUUGGGAUUGUCGAAUUUAAAGGACCUGAACGAGUACGAAAUGAUGAUCGCCAGCCAUCUCGUUGACCCAAAUGACAUUAAGGUCACUUGGAGCAGCAUAGGAGGGCUCAAUAACAUAAUUCAAGAGAUAAAAGAAAUUGUCAUCUUGCCAAUCGUAAGAAAAGAUUUAUUCCACGGGUCACAAUUGACACAGCCCCCAAAAGGAGUGUUACUUCAUGGACCACCUGGAUGUGGAAAGACAAUGAUCGCAAAAGCUACUGCCCGUGAGGCGGGGACUAGGUUUAUAAACCUUGAUUUAUCAAUCCUUACUGAUAAGUGGUACGGUGAGAGCCAAAAACUGGCUGCAGCUGUUUUCUCUUUAGCUGUUAAGAUUCAGCCCUGCAUCAUAUUUAUCGACGAGAUAGAUUCAUUUCUCCGCAGUAGGAAUGUUCAAGAUCAUGAAGCGACGGCUAUGAUGAAAGCUCAGUUUAUGACUCUUUGGGAUGGCUUAAACACGGACCCAACCUGCACAGUCAUAGUGAUGGGCGCUACGAACAGACCCCAUGACCUCGACUUGGCCAUUAGGCGUAGGAUGCCGGCUACGUUCCAUAUUACGCUUCCGUCUCUAGAACAGAGAAAAGACAUCUUGCAAUUGAUCAUGAAUGGAGAACCAUUGGCAGACAACGUGGACUUGGAUAAAAUUGCAAAGCUUUCGGAGAGCUUCUCAGGGUCAGACCUCAAAGAACUUUGCCGGAACGCAUCUAUGUACAGGAUCAGGGACUAUAUGAAAAACUGCCAAAUUACAAACUCACCCAAAAACCUUAGUACACGUGGAGGAUAUCUCAAUCAAAAAUUAGAAGAAGAUCAGGAAGAGUUCAGAGACACACUACGGCCCAUAACCAUGGAGGAUAUGGUUAACUCGUUGAGUAAGAUGAAAGAGACCAAAGUGGUAUGUUCAACGCUGUCCAUGGACUGAGAAAGUCUGAACUUGAAAAUCUGUUCAUUUGUAAAAAGCUGUCAACGUUCUAAGGAAUGUUCCUCCUGUAAUUGUGCUGUUGUUAGGUCAUACAUAAAAGAGCUAAAUUAAACAUUCUCACAUCACUGUGUUUGCUCUUUUUGUUUUAUUUAUUUAUUUUCUUUUUUUGUGAUUAAUAGUGUUAAUCAUUAAAUUAGAUCAAAUUAUUUUCUCACCUGAGAAAAAUAUCCUAGACAAUAAUAUACGGUUGGUUAUUUAUAAGUUAUGUUAGACAUUGCACAGAAUAUUGUUGUUAUUACUUGUAAAAAUUUUAUUAAUAAUAGUUUGGAUUUUUAUUUAAA